AGGAAUUCACUGCUAACACAAUUCAGUUGUAGACAAAACGCGAAUGUUAACUGUUGUGUGUAUGGGAAACAAAAUAAAAUUGAAAACAAACGGUUAACUCGCGAUUUACGGAAUUCGGAAUUUCAGUUAUUUUUAUGCUAGGCUUUUUUUUGGAAAAAUUUGGCUAGGAUAGAAAACGGAAAAGUAGAAAAAAGGAAAAAAAAUUGGAUAUUGUUGCUAGCAGCUGAUGAUGGGAUGCUGAUGCUGCUGCUACUGAAGAUAUUUGGUAAUGAUAAUGGCAGUAGUAUAAGAAACCAUUAGGAGGAACAACAAAAACAACAAGAAAAAAAAAACAUGGAGGCAAAGAAAUCCAGGAUAGGAUAACUUGAAAGUUGGAAAGUGAAGCAAAAAUGUAAAGGCGAAAGCAAAGAAAGCAAAAAAGUAGGAAAAGAUACACAUAACGUGCGCAGAUUUUUUUCCCGUUUUCGUUACGUUUCGUUUUGCUCGCACCAAGCACUAAGUUAUGAUUGGGCCUGCUGCCACCAGCAACGGAUGAUGGAAAUUCAAGUGAAAUAUUACUGUGAAAGUGUGAAUUUUAAAAAUAAAUUCAAAACUAAAACCCAAAGAAAAAUGCCAACAAAAUAUUUUUUGUAAAUAAAAAGAGAAAAGAAAAAAAUUGAGAAAAAGAAGAAAAUUUAAAAAAAAAAUAAAAUGUUUUUACAAAACAAAAGAAAAAUAAUUUUGUGUAUCGAAAUUAAAUUAAAUGUGCUGGUAUAUCAGUGGCCAUAACUUGUGAAGGUCCCCGUUCCGAAAUAAAUCGUAAGUCUUGAAUUCCCCAGAGAUGAAGUAAAUUCCGUUUGUAACGUAGCAGCAAAAUGCCACGCAAAAAGCUUUCAUCUGGCCAUAUUUCAAACAAGUUUUAACACCGUUUUAUUUAUUAAAAUAAGAAAAACCCAGUAAAAAAACGUAAACAAAUAAAGAAGUAAUGAAUUAAUGAAAAUAAAUAUGCUAACGAAUUAAUUACCAAUGAAAUGUCUAAAUAGGGUUACGACUGCAGUCACAUAUUUAACAGCCACAAAUUAUAACGAAUUGUAAUUAAACACGCAAACCACCUUAUCUCGGCAUCGACGGUAACAGCAGCGGCGACGUCAACGUUAACAACCAUCAUUGUGCGCUUACCUUUAUUCUCCAUUGAACACAACUCACCCACAUUUCACUGUCGACGACGGUCUUCUUAUUCUUCCUUCUAAUGAAGUAAAAGAAAGCAGCAGCAGUAGCAACAACAAUAAGAAUAACCGCCACUUUAAAGAAAGUUUCCGAGAGACAAGCAAAGGAAUUGUAACAUUUACAAGGAUAACAACAACAGCAACCACAAAGGAAAGAAACUCCAAAAAAAGCGAAAAACACACAAAACAUACUAAAAGAAAACAAGGAAAAAAAGUACACCGAUGUAGAAAUUAAAACAAAAACAAAAAGUUAACAAAAGUUGUCUGAAAAAAACGGCAACAACAACUGCAACAGCAACAAACAGCCACCAAACUAACCAACCGAAACUAAAAAGCGAAUACCAGAGCAGCUAACAACAGCAACACAAAAACAAACUUAAAUAAAUUUACAAAUACAAUCAUAGUUACAGACCACCCCCUUCACCCCGCCCCCAUUUCUGAGGGGUGUAAAAGGAAAACACCAUAGAAUUAGUAUUUAAAUAAAAAACAAAUCGAAUUAAAAGAAAAAAAAUAAACACAACCACAAGAUAGAAGACCACCCAGAAGAAGGAGAAGGAGAGGAGCAGAAAAAAAUUCAGAAUUUAUUUCCAAGGAUGAAUGCCCGGAGCGAAAGUCCGAAAUUACAAAACAUGCCAAUAAAUUUUAAGCAUCGAUAAAUCAAAGAUUAGAAUCUCGUUUGAUAUUUGCAUUUGCCAGCAGCGAAUUUAGCAACAACAACUACAAAGCAAAAGUUGCAAUAGCAGCAACAAAACGCAGCCAAAAACCACCAAAGACCUAUAGAAAAACACCAACAAAACUAAAGCCGCCAAAAAGAAAACUUUUGAAACUAAGCUUCCUUUUUUACCAAACUAAGGCUCCCACGCACUAUCAACACAACAAAGUCCACACACACACACCCACAUGCCCCCAACCACCCGAAACAAAAACCAUUUAUCACAAACUUUUUGAAAAAAAAAAAAAACACAAAGACGGAAAACGGAAGUGGACUAAAUCAACCGCAAGCAAGCAACCAGCAACCAGCAACAGCAGUUGCAGCUCAGCCUCUCCCCUCUCUCCCUCUCUCUCACACACACACCCCAGCCGCCAGUGCAACAUUGUUAAAACUGCAGUUGGCCAACAGCAAAAAUGGCUUCACCACCCGAAAGUCCCAUCGAGGAGAUUGUCUACGAAUUAGAACAAACACGAGUGCCUAAACCAAUACCAGUUGCCCUGGAGGAUUUGUGCCGUCAAACGAAAUUUACAAAACAGGAAAUACGUGUUAUGUAUCGAGGAUUUAAAACGGAAUGUCCUGAAGGUGUGGUACACGAAGACUGUUUCAAGGAUAUUUAUGCAAAAUUUUUUCCACAUGGCAAUUCAAGUUUAUACGCUCAUUAUGUGUUCAAAGCAUUCGAUGUUAACUGCAAUGGUGCCAUAAGUUUUCGGGAUUUAUUGGUCACCCUGUCCACAUUAUUAAGGGGCUCGGUUUAUGAACGCCUUCGUUGGACAUUUAAAUUGUACGACCUUAAUGGAGAUGGACGCAUCAGUCGUUCGGAAUUAAGUGAAAUCAUAAUGGCCAUUCAUGAGCUGAUGGGCAGGAGAGCGCACCAGCCAGAGGAUGACCGCAAAGCAAGAGAUCAGGUCGAUCGAGUCUUCCGAAAAUUGGAUCUAAAUCAAGAUGGCAUUAUAACAAUCGAGGAAUUCCUGGAGGCAUGCCUUAAGGAUGAUCUAGUCACAAGAUCGCUGCAAAUGUUCGACAAUGACCUUUGAUGACCGGCUGCUGCUGAUUAUGAUAUACGAAACAAUCGCAAUACAGUUUCUUUAAUAGAUCUUUAAGGAGAAUGACAACAAAAACUUAGCAACAACAACAACAACAAUUUAUUAGUAAUUAUUCAAGAAACAACUCUAAAGAAGAUGAAGAAUAACAACAAUGCCCCUUAAUAAUAAAUAAAAACUUGUUACUUAAAGUAAGUAAAAUCCAAAAAAAAAAAAAAAACAAAAGAAAUAUUGAAAAAUUUAGUAAAAAAAAAUGAAAAAACAACAACAACAAGAACACAAAAAAGAGAGCUCAUACACCAGUUAAACAAUGAAAAACAAAAUAUGACAAAUUAGAUCCUAAUUUUUUUAUUAAAAAAAUAUUUUAUUUUUAGUUUUCAAAAAAGAAAAUAAAACAAACCCGUUACGAGAAUUGGUAUAAAAUAGUGUAAAAAAAAAUAAUUCAAACAACAACAUUUAAUCCUGCCAUAAAUUCGUAAAUUGAAACCGACAACAGAGAAAAAUUUGCCCCCAAAGGAAUUUGGCUUUUAUCAAUUCCAAAAAAAUGCAAUUAGCCAAUGAUUUAUGAGAAAGAUUUCUAAGGACGAUUAGAAAAACUGACCUUAGAAGCGAAGUUAGAAAGAGAUAGAGAAGAAUAUUUGUUUCUGUUCAAAUAGGAUGAUGUUGGGCGCCAUCAUCUUAACGCGCAGCUAUACGAAAACAAAAACCACCAAUUUAAUACAACAACAAAAUAAUAAAAUAAAAAUGACAACACAAGAUAAUCAAGAGUGAAAUGAUUGCAUGAAUUAGAAAGAAAUUAAAAACCAAUUAUUAUUUUAUCAUUUUUGAAAUAAAAAAA